CUUAAAAGGCAUGAACACUUUUGCCCUCUUCGGUAAUGAAACGGGAAAAACUCUGGCAGGGCUGAAACCAGAAUAUUUGUACCGCUGAUAUUUUUGUUCUAUAAGGAAAUAUAUAGAAUUUCGGACAUCAGCUCAACUUUUCUCAGCAAAGAACUGUAGCUCUUGAAAGCUAUAUGUAAAGAGACGCUCCGCUCCGCUAAGCGGCGAAAUAAGAUCACUAAGCGUUCGUCAAGACAUGAAAACAGCUAUCAGAGACAAGAUUUUCGAGACCUCAGGCGUGGGACAGGCACCAAGCAAAGACUUCUUUCAUUUAACUGUGACGAGAGAAUCGAUUAUCUGGCGCUCGUGGAGAAUAACUUUAAGAAGUAACAAGUCCUUGCCGGGCGAAACGACUCACUCGUGGGACGAGUUCGUUAAUGAUUCCAAAGGUACAUGGCUUCAGGGAGAAAUACGGCGAGUAUUUGGGGUCGAGACUUUAAAUAUUGUGCUCGCCAUGGUGACGCAAACCUGGUUACCUUAUUUGAAAAGCGAUAUUCUGACCGAAAUUCUUGUUCGACUCGAUCUUCGUGACAUCAUGCGGCUUGCGCAGGUUUGCCGAGCUUUGUAUAACGCUUGUGCCAGUGACAUUUUAUGGCAAAAGCUUUACGUAAAACACUUCGUGAUCGUUCCAUCAGACGUACGGUCUGUGGCUGAAGAGUUCGGAUGGAAGAAGGCUUUUGUCGUAAAUCUGCAGAAACCAGUUCAAACGGUCAGAGCGUUAAGAAAAGUUCACACAAAACUGCAAGAGGAAAGUUCGAGGAAAACGCCAAAAGAAGAAGGAAAGAGGGUGGGGCCACUAAUGUCUAAUUAAUUGCACCUUCUUUCACAAUCAGGCACUAGAAUCAGAAGGUCUAUUGACUGACUCUACGCUUUAGGGUAACAUAAGUUAUUCAUUGCUUUAGAUUGACCCCUGGGUAUGAGUAACGGUUAUACCUACCCCUUCCCUAGAGUACUAGGCAUAGUAUCAGGUGAUUGCGAAUCGGAAAAGUAUUUUCUUGUAUAGGUAUGGGAAUUAUUCACUCAUUGAUCUAUUUAUUCAUUUAUCUUGGGCUGUAUCGGUCUAAAAUCAAGGAAAGAUAGUUUACCAUUUUGAAAUGAAAUAGACAAUGCCUCUUAAGAGGCCUAGGGUGAAACCCGAAUUCAGCGAAAGUUAAGGUGACGUACUCUUGCAUUGAGCGGACACUUAUGCUAGUCCCGUGUUUUUUCUCUCAUAUUUGCUGAGAAAUUAACUCUAUUAAGUGGAGGCGGAGACCAAAAUUGAGCGCAGUUAUCACUUGGAAUCUGAAUUGGGCGGACAACGUAAUGAGAAUAUUAAUUUUAAUUUUCAUUCAUAAAAGUUCAAGAUUUCCUGUUUUGUUAGUUUUAAAAUGUUUGUUUGCUUCUUAAUUUUAGUCUAUAUGCCCUCAGAAUCAGCCACACUCAAAGGGUUCCUGAUUACUCACUGUGCUGCGUUUCGGGUUUAACAGGCAAUUACUGUUGCAAAAUUUGUGUUACGUGGACACACUGACAAACAUACACAAAUUAUCAAGCGCACACAAACAAAAGUGCCGCAAGGGAUGCUUCUAAAACAUCAACUUAAUUUGCCAUUUCACUUUCCUACUUCCCGUUGUCCGUUCCUCAACCUCCAUUCCUCGUUUUAGUAACAUCCGUUCUGCAAGUGUACAAAUAAAACGGCUUUCAUCCUAUUUGAAACAAGCAAAUUUCAUUUUGUUGUGCACAACAUGUUGUUACCAAAUCUUUGCGCCCUAUUUCACGUCAUUUUAGACAAAAAAAGAGAAACGACAUCUGCAGUGCAAGACGUCAACAGUGCAAGGUGUCUGCAGUCCGUCUGGACUCUAAUAGAUAGUAAGACUUAUUACAGAGAAUUAAGUGGUCUAUCAAUUAUGCGUACUUAUUUCAUUAAGAAACGUCAUGUUACUCGGAUUUCAGAAACAUAAAGGCGGUAGUAAUAAUUUUACUAACAGCCACAAGCCGCGAGCAGGAGGCUCAAACAACGCUCUAUGAUAAUAAGCAGCCAGAAAGUCACAACAAGUUUAAAUAUAUAGAAGAUGCCAAGUUGUGACAAGUCAUUUGCCUAAGAAAUAGGGCGAGCAUUCGCCAUCUUGUUUUAAAUUACAAUAAAAAAGUAAAAACAGUAGCAAAAAUAGAUGUAAUGGCUAAAUGGCAAAGCUUUCUUAAAGUUAUAGUAACUCUGCCAUAGCUUUUUACCCUAAGAAAUAAGAAAAACC